AUGAAGAAGAAGGUUGGGCUGCGACCGCCAGCCCCAACAGCCCCGCGCAGCGUGUCCGCGCCGGACGAGUCGAGGGAGAUGGAUGAGACGGAGUGGAUCGAGUACAUCGACAAGUACGUGCUUGUGAAAGACGUCGUGGGUCCCGGUCUCUGGUCGGUGGGCGACGCAAGCCAAGGAUCCUCUCGUCCUGGUGCCACGACGAGCACGGCCGGACAGGCCAUCGAGUCCUGGUGGGCAGGCCUCAAGCGCAUCUUGCCGGUCAACAUUGGCCUGAUGUCCUGCAGCAACGCUGCGCGCGAGUUGGAGAAGGCGCUGAAGGCCAAGUACACUCAGGCCGGGCUGUGUGUCGACAACAGCAUUGUCGACACGAGAGAUCACUUCCAGUGCUACCCCGCCACCUGCAGCAGCACACUGGUUUUCGAAGGCUUUGGGGAGAGGGACGAUGAUGGUGUGCCACACCGAUGCCCAUCUGUGCAAAGCUAUGUCAGGCACGCGCCAAGGAACUAUGCGUUCCGGAACUUCGACAUUCUGUCCUUCGAGAACGUGGAGCGGAUUUACAUCCUCCCGUGCAAGGACCCCGCCAUGGCCGUGGAUCAGGUGUGCAUCGCUCUCGAGGCGUUGGGAUGCUGGCACCACGAUGCUGCGCGGCUCUCGCUCGGUGCCUUGAAGCACACGCUGCAUGCAGUUGCGGAAACUUCUGCAAAGAUUGCCAGUGCUCGCACGAAGGGUACAUCCGGGCACCGCGAUCCGCAGCUCCCGCUGCAGCGGCUGCGUCACUUCACGACAAAGAUAUUGCCGGAGUCUGUGGAGAGCAUGAGGCCCUCCACAGGCCGUCCCGUGAAUGUCGCUCGUGGCAGCAGCAGCGCUUGGAGGAGCCGCGAAGACAUGGAAGCCAGGGCUUCGGAGACCACCAGACGUCGGAGGGCGCAGGCCCAGGCAUUGGAUGCUCCGCAGAAGAAGUCGGGGCAGAGUUCGGCCCAGCUCGCAGCCCGGCCUUCAUCGGAUCGGUCCGUGCGCCUCGCGGAAGCGACGAAGGGGUUGCGAAGCACGUCCUUUACCAAGAAUGUCGAGGGCUUCCAUGUCGUCCAAGAACUUCAAACCACGCCUGCGGAGGCCAAGACGCAUGGAUUGGGUGUACUUUUCGCCAAAAUGACGAAGGACACGAAAGUCUCCGUUGUCCUCCGGCGGCAGCUUGCAGUUCAGAUGGAAAUGUGGAAGGCCGCUGUCCGAGGUCAGUCAGCAGCAUAG